AUGACUGUCGUCACGAUGUUUCUGGCAGGAGGGUCUUGGAUGACUAUUUUCCUGUCCUUGUGCCUGUUAUCUCUUAUCGUGAUUCUACUAGGAGACAUGUUGGGGCGACGUACGAAAUUUCUGCUCGCCUUGAGGAAAGUGCCUUAUCCCACCGCGUUACCCAUCAUCGGCAACGCUUAUCAGCUCAAUUGUACGCAAGAAGAAUUCUUCAAAAAAUUGGUAAAAUGGGCGAAUGAGUUUGGCAACAUUUAUUUGAUCUGGGUUGGUCUACGCCCUUUCAUAUUUCUCUACAGGGUAGAGGCUGUGCAACCUCUAUUGAGCAGUAGCGUGCAUAUCGAUAAGAGCCUUGAAUACCAAUAUUUAAAACCAUGGUUGGGUACUGGUCUAGUAACUAGCACCGGUGAGAAAUGGCAUUUUCGCAGGAAGUUGCUGACACCGACUUUCCACAGCAAUCUCCUUGACGCAUAUCUGAAAACCGUGAAAGAAGAGACGAGCAUUCUAAUUUCCUGCCUCGAAAAGGAAGUGGGCAAAUGGUUUGAUAUGGUUCCUUAUGCGAAACGUGCCACCCUUGACAUUAUUUGCGAUACUGCGAUGGGUUACAAACUUAAUGCGCAAAGAAAUACUAAGAACGAAUAUGUUAAGGCUGUAGACAAGAUAGCAUCUAUCGUGCAGAUGCGCUUCACAAAUGUCUGGAUAUCAUCAGAUACAAUCUUCAAGUUGACUAAAGCGGGACGAGAGCACGACCACGCAAAUCAAAUUAUACAGCAAUUUGUGAAUAAGGUAAUCGUAGAAAGAAAAGCUGAGUGGAAACUCAAAUGUGAUGAUAACUUUAAUAAUUCAACGAAAAAAAAGCGGGCUUUGUUGGAUUUAAUGUUGGAAAUGUCGCAUAAUGGUACUGUUCUUUCGGAUGAGGACAUUCGUGAAGAAGUAAAUACUUUUAUGUACGCUGGACACGACACGAUGGCUACUAGCAUAUCUUGGACACUUUAUGCGCUAGGACGACAUCCUGAAUACCAAGAAAAAAUUUUGAAUGAAUACAACAAUGUGUUAGGUACGGAUGAGAUCACAUUAGAGAAUAUACAAAAAUUAACAUGGUUGGAAGCCUGUAUUAAAGAGCAAUGGAGACUGUAUCCAGUGGCCCCGCUUAUUGCAAGGCAAAUUUAUAAGCCAAUUGAAAUAAUGGGUAAUCAAAUUCCACCGGGCUCAACAGUUCUCAUCAACUCCUAUUUGCUACAUCGUGAUCCCCGUUACUUUCCCGAACCGCAUGUAUAUCGUCCGGAACGAUUCUUGCCUGAUGGCCAUAAGUUACCCCCCUACGCUUUCAUCCCCUUUAGCGCUGGGUCGCGCAAUUGUAUCGGCUGGAAGUUUGCCACGUUAGUGAUUAAAGUAGCCGUCUUAUCUGUACUAAAAGCCUUCCGUGUGGAAGCUCUCGAUGAGGAGAAGCAAUUGCGCUUUAUAUCCGAAUUAGUGUUGGUCAAUGCGAACGGACUUCGUCUCAAACUAAAACCACGUGAACAAUAAAACGCAAUCUUUUAUUUUUUAACUACAACAAUAAAA